CGGGGCCUAUCGCUGGUCAGGAAGGGCGAUGACCUAGAACCGGCUCCUCCAUUGCACUUCGGUCGGGCUAGUCCUAGCAUUUCCCCAAGGGGAAAAUGCACGUCAUAAUUUGUGGCAGAGGAGGACUCGCGUUCGCGCGGCCCUCCACCAGUGAAAUCAUAAGUCAUAAUUUGUGGCAGAGGAGGACUCGCGUUCGCGCGGCCCUCCACCAGUGAAAUCAUAAUCAGGAGUUGCACUCGAGUCAGUGUCCUCAAAAAGUCCAGUGUACACCUCAAUGCGUCUAUAUGUACAACUCGAUAUGUUGAUGUGGACUGAAACGAUAUCAUGUAACAUGCAUGUCCGCCGAGUUAGACUGGACAGUGGCGAGGCUGUCUAUCCUGAUCUUGACCACGGAAGCGCUAUAGCUCAAGAAAUGACGCGCAUUUCUACUUGUGGCAGAGGAGGGUUAAUUCCCUGGAGACCUCCACCGUAUCAAAUGAAACGAAAGUCCAAGUAUUGACCACACUUGGUAAUUGUGCGAAUCACUCUGACCGAAUUUGGGGCUGUAGUAAGUAAUCGGAGCAGGAGCCAGCAACUUCAAAUUGGUAAAGAGCGAACCCAGUAGAAUGGUGAAACGGUGCUAUUCUUAGGACGUGAAAUUCUCUGUCCAGUGACAGUGUCUUGUGUUCCCCGAAUGAUUUUUUUGACCUCGUUAUGCUAAAGGGAUAUCCCUGAUGUGACAGGAAUUUAUGAAUCCUUCCAGAAUUGUGCGUUUCUGUUGCUUUCAUACAUUGCACUGAACAUCAGGCUGAAGACUUCCAGUCACCUGAAUACCUUCUGAAUUAACAAGAAAUUGACAUGUUCGACGUUUUAUAAUUCUUCCUGACUCACAUAGCCGUGCAGUUCUGAUUGAACGUGUGUAGUCAAAUGUGUGUAAAAUCUUAUCCUUCACGUCUUCUGAUGGUCUUAGACAGCCCUUGCAAGUCCGCAAUUGUUGCUUCUUUUAUGGCGGCUGAAGGCUCUCUAUCUUAUAUGCAAACCUUUGCUGAAAGUGUUAUACGGGUUUAAGUUUGUCAAAAUCU